CACUUUUGCUCCUGUAUCACCUCACUUUUUGUGACCAGCUAGUACUGAUACUUGUGUCAAAAUUUAGUGUAUAUUCUCUGUUUCCACAAACAGGCCUGGAAUUGUUAUUGUGUUAUUGGCUGCCAAUAGCUGCUAUUGGCUGUCAAUAGCCGCUCGCAUCCAAUUCAAGGCUCUAAUGUUUGCCUACAGAACAACCACUGGCUCUGCACCACUAUACCUAAACUCACUACUUCAGACUUAUGCGCCCUCCAGAAGCUUGCAUUCUGCAAGUGAAUGGUGCGUUGUGGUGCCAUCCCAAAGGGGCACAAAAUCACUCUCAUGGACCUUCUCCUGGUCUGUUCCUGGCUGGUGGAAUGACCUACCACGCUCUAUCCGAGCAGCUGAGUCUUCAGCCAUUUUCAAAAAACUGCUAAAGACAUAUCUUUUUCGUCAGCACUUGACCCAGUAAUAUUAGCACUUACUUUUUAUUUAUAUUUUACUAUUCUCUCUCCAUCUAUUUGUAUUAAAAAAAAAAAAAAAAAAAAAAACCUUGCUACGAGCACUUUACUGAUGAAACUGUGACUUGACACGGCACUUACAUACUGUUGUACUCAUGUUGAUUUGACUGCUUCUACUAUUCUCAUUUGUAAGUCGCUUUGGAGAAAAGCGUCUGUUAAAUGACUAAAUGUAAAUAAGAUCUCUUAUCUAGAAAGAAGAGAAGCAGAAGUAUGCCUAAAAAUGAGUGGGUAUGUGAAAGAGGAGGCGUCUGUUCACACUCAGAGAGCAGCAUCUCCAGGAUUCAGCUGUGUGUCUGUGAAGAGUAACAACUCCAUGUAUCAGCCCCCUUAUCUCAAUGAAGGACCUGCUGUGACCUCUGACUCUGUAAAUAGAUUGAAGGAGGCUUCUGUUCACACUCAGAGAGCAGCAUCUCCAGUAUCCAGCUGUGUGUCUAUGAAAAGUAACAACUCCUUGUUUCAGCCCCCUCAUCUCAAUUAUGAACAAUCUCCAGUAUUCAGCUGUGUGUCUAUGAAGAGUAACAACUCCAUGCAUCAGCCCCCUUAUCUCAGUUAUGGACCAUCUCCAGGAUUCAGUUGUGUGUCCAUGAAGAGUAACAACUCCAUGCAUCAGCCCCCUUAUCUCAGUGAUGGACCAUCUCCAGGAUUCAGCUGUGUGUCUAUGAAGAGUAACAAUUCCAUGCAUCAGCCCCCUUAUCUCAGUGAUGGACCAUCUCCAGGAUUCAGCUGUGUGUCUAUGAAGAGUAAUAACUCCAUGUUUCAGCCCCCUGAUCUCCGUGAUGGACCAUCUCCAGUAUCCAUCUGUGUGUCUAUGAAGAGUAACAACUCCAUGCAUCAGCCCCCUUAUCUCAGUGAUGGACCUGCUCUGACCUCUGACACUGUAAUCAUCAGCAGGAAGAGAAAGAGAGCAGCAUCUCCUCUACAGCCCCCUGAUCUCAGUAAUGAAGCAGUGCCGUUUGACGCUCUUGGUGAGAGAGCUGAUCAGAUCGGAUAUGUGUCCUGUCAGACCUUCACGUCCUCCUCCUGUCAGAAACACAUCAGUCAUCAUGACACAGAAGCAGCCCUGCAGCUCGAUUCUCACCAACCAGUGCAUUGUGAUCUUCAGAGAGUCAAAAACCAGCACAAAACCAGCAUGAAGAACAGAUAUGAGAGCGUAUUUGAGGGAGUCAAACUACAAGAGAAUCAGACCCUCCUGAACAGGAUUUACACACAGCUGUACAUCAUAGAGGGAGAGAGUGAAGGGGUGAAUGAAGAACAUGAGGUGCUACAGAUGGAGAAAAGUUACAAGACACUCCAAGACACUCCAAUCAACUGCAAUGACAUCUUUGAUCCUUCACCUGAACCAGGAUAUAAGGAGAAGAGAAGAGAGAAGAAAGACAAAAUCAAGACUGUUCUUACUAAAGGCAUCGCUGGGAUUGGAAAAACUGUUUCUGUGCAGAAGUUCAUUCUGGACUGGGCCGAGGGAAAAGCCAAUCAGGAUGUAGAUUUCAUGUUUGUACUUCCAUUUAGAGAGCUGAACUUGAUUAAAGAUCAUCAGUACAGUCUUCACAGACUUCUGCUGGACUUUCAUCCUGAACUUCAAUAUCUGGACUCAAAGAUGUAUGAUGAAUGUACAGUUGUGUUCAUCUUUGAUGGUCUGGAUGAAAGCAGAAUUACACUGAUGUUUUCAGACGGUGAGAAAGUUUCUGAUGUGACUGAGACUUCAUCAGUGGGUGUGUUGAUGUCAAACCUCAUGAAAGGAGAUCUUCUUCCGUCUGCUCUCAUCUGGAUCACCACCAGACCAGCAGCAGCCAAUCAGAUCCCCUCUAACUACAUCAACCGUGUGACAGAAAUUCAGGGAUUCAAUGACCCUCAGAAGGAGGAAUAUUUCAGGAAGAGAAUCAGUGAUGAGCAUCAAGCCAGCAGAAUCAUCUCACACAUCAGAAGAGCAAGAAGUCUCCACAUCAUGUGCCACAUACCCGUCUUCUGCUGGAUCUCAGCCACUGUGCUUUCAAACAUCCUGAAACAAGAUCUCAGUGCAGAAAUCCCUCAAACUCUGACUGAAAUGUACAUACACUUCCUGCUCAUUCAAACUAGUAUGAGGAACCAGAAGUAUGAAGAGAGAGAUCCAGAGAAACUCCUGCAGUCCAACAGAGAAGUGAUUGUGAAACUUGCUGAACUGGCUUUCAAUCAGCUGAUGAAGGGCAAUGUGAUGUUCUAUGAGGAGGACCUGAGAGAGAGCGGCAUAGACGUCACUGAUGCCUCAGUGUAUUCUGGGAUUUGCACUGAGAUCUUUAGGGAGGAAUCUGUAAUUUAUCACAGGAAGGUUUACAGCUUUGUACAUCUGAGCUUUCAGGAGUUUUUUGCAGCUCUGUAUGUGUUUUUCUGCUAUUUACACAAAAACAGUGAGGUUCUGAAAAUGUUCCUGACAGAAGAAUCUGGGAAUGUUCCUCUGGAUGUGUUUCUGAAGGGAGCAAUGAAUGAAGCCUUGAAGAGUAAAAAUGGACACCUGGAUCUUUUCCUUCGAUUCCUUCAUGGCAUCUCACUGGAGUCCAAUCAGAGAGUCUUACAGGAUGUGCUGAUUCACACAGAGAACAACCCAGAAAGCAUCAAGAAAAUAAUCCAAAACCUCAAACGAGGUCAAAAAAACAAUGUCAGUCCUGAAAGAUGGAUGAAUCUGUCACACUGCUUGAUUGAGAUGAAGGACAAUUCUGUUGUUAAAGAAAUGCAGAAGUUUUUAAACUCUAAAACAAAAAGAAAAAGUCUUUCUCUUGCACAAUGCUCAACUUUGGCAAACAUGAUCUUGAUGUCAGAGGAGGUGAUGGAUGAGUUAGACUUUUUGAAGAACAUCAAAUCAAAAGAGGGAAGAUGGAGACUGGUACCUGCUGUGAGGAACUGCAGAAAAGCCAUAUUGGCUUACUGUAAUCUCACUGAUCAGCACUGUGAAAUUGUGGCUUCAGCUCUACAAUCAUCAAACUCCCCCCUGAGAGAGCUGGACUUGAGUAACAAUCACCUGCAGCAUUUCGGUGCGAAGCUGCUCUCUGCUGGACUGAAGAGUCCAAACUGUCAACUCAGCAUACUGAGAUUAUCUGGCUGUUUGGUGACAGAUGAAGGCUGUGCUGCUCUGGCAUCAGCUCUGAGUUCAAAUCUUUCACACCUGAGAGAGCUGGAUCUGAGUAACAAUGACCUGCAGGAUUUAGGAGUGAAGCUGCUCUGUGUUGGACUGAAGAAUCCAAACUGUCAAAUCAUGAUACUGAGAUUAUCUGGCUGUUUGGUGACAGAUGAAGGCUGUGCUGCUCUGGCAUCAGCUCUGAGUUCAAAUCUUUCACACCUGAGAGAGCUGGAUCUGAGUAACAAUGACCUGCAGGAUUUAGGAGUGAAGCUGCUCUGUGUUGAACUGAAGAAUCCAAACUGUCAAAUCAUGAUACUGAGUGCGGCAGCUGAAACAGGCCACUGCCAUCAGGGAAUACCAUUGCCAAUGUCUGCAACAAUCUUCAGAUUAUCUAGCUGUAUGGUGACAGAGGAAGGUUGUGCUGCUCUGGCAUCAGCUCUGAGUUCAAACCCUUCACACCUGAGAGAGCUGGAUCUGAGCUACAAUCACCCAGGAGAAUCAGGAAAGAAGCUGCUCUUUGAUACACUCAAACAUCUGGACAAACUCAAUGUGGAUCACGGAGGAGAGUUCAGGAUUACAGCAGGAAUACACAAGUACGCCUGUGAUCUCACACUGGAUCCAAACACAGCACACCCUGAACUCGUUCUGUCUGAGGAGAACAGGAAGGUGACGCGUGUGGAACAGAAGCAGUCGUAUCCUGAUCAUCCAGAGAGAUUUGAUGAGUGGAAUAAUCCUCAGGUUCUGUGUGGAGAGACUCUGACUGGACGCUGUUACUGGGAGGCUGAAUGGAGUGGAGAAGCUGUAAUAUCAGUGGCUUAUAAAGGAAUCAAGAGGAAAGGAGGAGGGAGUGACUGUGUGUUUGGACGUAAUAAGAAGUCCUGGAGUCUGAACUGCUCUCAUCACAGAUUCACUGUCUGUCACAAUAAUAACUCCACUGUUGUAUCUUCUGCUCGUUCAGUCAGUAAGAGAGUAGGAGUGUUUGUGAACAUGUCGGCCGGCACUCUGUCCUUCUACAGCGUCUCUGACACACACACUCUCACACACUUACACACAUUCAACACCACAUUCACUGAUGAACCCCUCUGUGCUGGAUUUAAACUUUAUAGUGUUAACUCUUCAGUGUCUCUGUGUGACAUUAAACAACACACACACUGACUGACACACACACACACACACACACACACACUGACUGUAAAAAAAUUAAUUAUGCGUAAUUACACUAAUUAUGCGUGUAACACAGUUGAUCUUUGACUGUUAUUUCCAUUAAAGCUGAACGUUUGUCUCUC